AUGUUAGAUUUAAGAGAAAACCAAGUUGAAGCUUUGGGGGUGAAGCAAGAAGAAUAUUAUUUGCAAGGCAGUUUAGAAGAAAAACAAAUUGAGAUUGUUCAUGUGGAAACUGUCUGGCCUGACAUGGAGGAAAAAGGAUUCGAAGGGUUUUUAAAAGAUGUGUUUGACAAAAUGUCAUGCAGUGUGGAAGAGAAGAAAGUUGAGCCAUGGGGCACAGAGUCCAAUAAAGUUGUUGAAGAACACAAAAAAGGGUCAUUACUGAGAAGCGGAUCCGAGGCAAUUGGUAGUAAAAUAAGCGAUAUUACUGUUAAGAGUGCUGAUAAUGGUGAUGGGAGAGAGUGUACUUUCAAGGAAACAGGGCAUUCCCAGAGAAAUGGUGCAAAUGUCAAUGGUGGAGAAUACAAUUCAAAGGUUGAGAGUUCGCGAAUAUCGGGCUAUAAUCUUGGGAGUUAUGAAUCCAUGAGGAAGGAGAGGGAAUGGAAGAGGACAUUGGCUUGCAAACUUUUCGAAGAACGACACAACGUGGAUGGUGAUGAAGGGAUGGAUUCACUAUGGGAGACAUAUGAAACAGAUUCGAGUAAGGCCAACCCGAAAAGCAACACCAAGAAGAAGAAGAAGAAGAAACGAGAGACCGAAUACUAUGAGGAUGAUGACGAGGAAGAAGAGACUGACGGGCAAUUGUGUUGUUUACAGGCUCUGAAGUUCUCAACAGGGAAGAUGAAUUUAGGCAUGGGAAGGCCUAAUCUUGUGAGGAUUACCAAGGCCCUCAAAGGGAUUGGAUGGUUACACCGUGUGAGUAGCCAUGGGAAGAAGGACAUGGUUAGGUGGCCCCUAACCAUAGCAGAGGAGCAGAUCAUCAAGGCCCAAUAA